GGCUGUGGAAAGAAAUAAGAACAAAAAAGUUUUUUUAAUCAGGAUUUCGGAGUUUACUUGUUUGUUUACUUGUUUGUUUGUUUGUUUAUGCUUUGUGUUCAACCUCGAGUAUGAGACAAAAAAAUUACCUCAGGAGCAGAGCGCGUUGUUUGUGGCGCUCGCGCGGGGCAGUGCUGUUGCUAUGGCAACACACAACUACAAGUGGCGCGUUUUCCCCUCAGUCACUUCCGUAGCAUCGUUAGCAUGGAGAGUCUAAAUAAUCUUUACUCGUCAAUCUGCUCUGAUCUUCAUCUGUCUUUGAAUACUUACAUUUCUCAAGAGUUGAAGGAGACGGAGAAAUGCGACAGAGAUGUUUCUCUCAGUCUGAGGGGCAACAACCGACUGAAGGAAGUGAUCAGAUUAACAGAUGAAGAUGUUCAAGCCUUGUGUAAAACACUCAGGAAUAAUUUACAGGUGAAAGCUUUAGAUCUGAGCUACAACAGGAUCUCGGAUGAAGGCGCGGUCCAUCUCGCAGAUCUCAUCCAGGAGAACGUGGCUCUCCAGGACCUCGAUCUGAUGUGCAACGACAUUGGAGCUGAUGGUGCCGAGCGAAUUGCGAAAAGUUUGCAUCACAACACGACCCUGAAAAGACUGAGAAUGACGGGAAAUAAGAUCGGGAAUAAAGGCGCCAUGCACUUCGCCAGCAUGCUGCAAAUCAACAGCGCGUUAGAAGAGCUGGAUGUGUCAGACUGUGACCUGGACACACAGAGUCUGAUCACAUUCGCGAUCGUUCUCACCAACAACAGAAGCCUCGUCUCCGUCAACGUCAGUCGUCCCGUCCUCUUCAGCCUGCAGGAGGAGACGACAGUCCACACGGCUCGCAUGCUGGAGCUCAAUCGCAGUCUGAAGGAGCUUCACAUGGGCAAACACGGCAUGACGGACUGCGGACUUCAGAGACUGAGCGAGGCGUUAAUAUCCAACCACAGCUUGAGUUACCUGGACCUGCGCUGUAACAGAAUAACGAGGGACGGCGCGAGACACCUGGCCCGACUCCUGAGACAGAACGACACACUGCAGAUUCUGGACCUGUCCUUCAAUCGGAUCGAGGACGACGGCGCCGCGUGCCUGAGUGACGCCAUCGCGCUGAAACACACCAAACUCAGAGCACUCUCCAUCCAGAGUAACGGCGUGUCCACCGUCGGCCUGCUGUCCCUCAGCGAAGCCAUCAGUGCAAAUCCUCACCUCACACACGUUUACAUCUGGGGGAACAGACUGGAGGAGCCGGUGUGUGUGGCUUUCUCUCAGCUCAUCUCCUCGAGCCGUCUGUCGGCGCAGCACACGGACGUGACGCCGUACGCAGCGGACGGCCGCCUUCACCUGGCCGAAGCGUCCAACGGGUUACGCCGCCAUUAUUACUGGACCCCGAGCUACAGCGAGGAUGGAGGCGCCGCCAGUAACGCCGCUCUGACUCUAAACACAUCACACCAGCUCGCGCUUCAGCCUUAAUGACCUCAACAUCCCGUAAAUAAACACAAGCGUGGGGCUAAAUCACGUGACUCGCCUGCGGUGAGCCUGUCAAAGUAAUAAACACUGUGUGUGUGCUGUUAUAGUG